AUGUCACAGCAAGACUGCAACAUCUUCAAGCUCGGGGAUUGGGAGCUUCAGAGCGGAGAGAAGAUCCUCGAUGCCCAUAUCGCAUAUAAGACUUUUGGAGAUCCCGAGAGUCCGGCCAUCGUUUAUCCAACCUGGUUCUCCGGAUCCAUCUCGGAUAAUGUCUGGCUAAUUGGCGAAGACAAAACCCUCAACCCCAACCAAUACUUCAUUAUCAUCCCAGCUCUCUUCGGCAAUGGCCAAUCCUCAUCCCCUUCGAACCAACAUACUCCGGGCCCGUUCCCCAAGUGCACCUUUUACGAUAACGUCCGUGCCCAGUAUACCCUCGUAACGCAGCAUCUAGGCCUCAGCCAUUUGCGCGCUGUCAUCGGGUGGUCGAUGGGCGCGGCGCAGACCUACCAAUGGGCGACGCAGUAUCCGGAUUUUAUGGACUUGGUUGUUCCUUUCUGUGGAUCAGCUAAGACUGCCCUUCACAACCAGGUCUUUCUCGAGGGUGUCAAGACGGCUCUUCUGACGGCGAAGCAUGUACCAUCUGGAGGUUCGGGGGAGGAUGGUGUUCUUGGUGCCGGAGAGACGUUUAGGACUUGGACGGAUAGGGAAAGGGAGGUUGGGUUGAAAGCGUUUGGUAGAGGCUAUGCUGGAUGGGGACUCAGCCAAGCCUUCUACCGAGAAAGACUCCAUGAGACAGCCCUCGGUUUUCAAGGUUUGGAAGACUUCAUGCAGAACUAUUGGGAGAAAUGGGCACUUUCCAAACACCCGGAAAACCUGCUGGUGAUGUUGCGGACUUGGCAAAACGGUGAUAUCUCGAAGCAAACGCCGUACGAUGGUAACUUUGAGAAAGCGCUUGCGUCAAUUCGAGCUAAGGUGCUUGUCCUGCCGUCAAAGACAGAUCUCUAUUUCCCCCCGGAAGAUUCAGAAUACGAGGUUGCAUGCAUGGAGCCGGGGGUUGGGAAGCUGGAUAUGUUUCCAUCCAUCUGGGGUCAUUGGGCUGGCGGACCUGGAGAGAAUCUGGAGGACGUCAAAUGGCUGGAUGGACAGCUAUCCCAGUUCUUUUCUGAGAAUUGA